UUUUCCUUUGACAGGUUAUUAUAAGUUAUAUAUGCUGUUGGUCAUUUGCUAGAACGAUGACACAAGAGCGAUUGUCCAAUCCUGGUGGGAGAGUUGAUACACUCAGACUACAGGAGAAUGAUGAGCAUUGGAUAUCAGGAGAGGAGCUGUCCACAGAUGGAAGCAGCGAUGAUGAAGAGCAAGACACGUGUGACUUUCUGGGUAAAGCUCGUUCACGGGCAAAGAAGAAGCAGGAGAAGAUGAAAAAGAUGUCUCAACAUUCCCUGAGGCUUUUGUCAGAAGAGGAGAAAAAGAUGAUUUUCCGUGUUCCUAGCCUGGGAGAGGAUAGUGGCUAUGAAGGGCAGACCGAUAAAGAAGAGGGCAACUCUUCAAAACAAGCUCAGGCUGCAGCCUUGGCCGAAUCUGAGUCUCAGACUACAGAAGAACUGGAUGUACCUUGGAGGCCAAAGCGGGGAAGUAUCAAGCUGCCCAGCUUGGAGAAACUGAAAGAGAAACAACUGGAAACUUUUGAACACCAAGAAGAGCCAAUUCCAGAGAGGACCUAAAUGUGAAAGGUUCUUCCAGAAACAAAACUUCCUCUUAUCUGUUUCUCAAUCCUUAAUAUGAAUUUAAAUAUGAUGGGAGUAUGGUCUUGGGCUCAAUGUAAUCACUCUUUGUGCAGGGAAAAAUGCCAUGUAAGCUUAUGGUAAGAUUGUUCAUCUUCAAAAGCUCAAAGAAGCUUGCGAUUCUCCUGCAAAUGUUUUGAAGUAUUGUAUUCAAUGGUUUUUUAUUGAAUGCAUUUGCAUAGCCCACAGGGGCAAUGAGUGGGUGGUGGAAAGGAAGGGGGUGCAUUCAGUAAAAAAUCACUAUACAAUCUGUCUUGUGAUUGUAUGCAUAUAAGACCAAUUAAAAUUUUUAUUUUUAAUCUUGAAUUUAUGAUCUCAGCU